AUGUCUCUCUAUGCUCGACAACUCAACAUCAAUGACCUAGAGCGGUCACUGGCCGUUGAAACUGCCGCGUUUCCUCCCGCCGAGGCCGCCACUCGCCAAAAGGUUAUUGAGUAUCGCUUGACAGUAUGUCCUGAGAUAUGCAUUGGCCUCUUUCUUCGGGCUGGGGCCAGCUUGCCGUCUCCCAUUCCUCAUGACAUCCCAUUCGUGGAGGAAUCGACAUCCAGCGACGAUGUGCUCCUCGCGCAUGUCAUCUCUACUAAAACGACCAACAAACCUGUGAGAGAUGAAGACAUGGACUACCCUCGCAACUGGAAAGAAGACCCCCAAGGUGACUAUGCCGUGGGUCACAAGAAGAAUGGAAGAACGAUUGCUCUCCACGCUCUUGCUGUCGCUCCCGAUUACCAGAGGGCCGGGCUAGGCAAGGCCAUUAUGCGCGUUUAUAUUGAAAGAACGAAGUCACUCAAUUCCGCGGAUCGUAUAUCUAUCUUGACGUAUGACCGUCUUGUUCCGUAUUAUCAGAGACUUGGAUUUGAGCACUAUGGGAAGAGCGAGUCUGCAUAUGCUGGGGUAGCUUGGCACGAUCUUUCUUACAUACUAUCUUCGUCUGUGUGAGAGACCCCUACAAUGGUGAUGUUAGAUGUGUAGCGUGAUGGACUUCGGAAUGAAAAGGCUCGCGUGGCCUAGAAAAUCAGGCGGCCUGCUGCAAAUCUUGUAAGACUAAUAUGUAGAUGAUUGCUAGCUAUAAGGUUCAACUUCAGGCUGCUAACACAGACAAUGUGGACACAAUAUUCUGUUUUUCACCAUAAGCUUCUACCCAGUCUGGUGAGA